AAACAUUUAAUGAAUCCUGGCACGACAACGACUGGAGAACAACAACAACAGAACUCGAACUCGCCGCCCAAAAGUGGAGGUGGAGGUGUGCAGGCGUCUCCCGUCGCUUCAAGCUCGGACUUGCGGAGCUACUUAUUCAAGCGCAAAACAAGCACAACGACAAGUCCAGAGAAAUCCUCUACUACAACUUCUGACACCCACAACAUCAUGGCAAAAACUGCGCAGGCGGGUACUAUUAAGGCCUUCCUAGUCCUUAGUCCAUCUUUUAGCACAUCUGUGGUUGUUUUUUUCAGGUACUUAGACAGAUAGAACAAGCAGAUGAGGGAAAGUAUGGAUUGGACGAGUGAGUUCUAAUACUUUAAUUGGGAAAAGAACGACAAGUACAAGUACGAUUAGCAGUAGUGCGACAUCGUCCACGUUGUUGGAGCCACCUCCAUCAGCGACAGAGGCUGUCCGAGUAGGACAGAGGACACAGAGUGGCGAAGUUCUUCCUGACCCUGACGCAUCAUCUAUACUGGAUUCAGCGUCGUCCUUCAGAAUCAAGGAUUAUACUAUGAAUAAAAACUACUACGCUAUGGAAUCACCAGUUGCAUCCGAAGCAGCAACAUCCGAGACACAGGAGAGCAUUAGCAGGCCUCCCUCCACAACCGUACUACAACCAGAGCAACAGCAGAAUCAACAGAAUGUAAAACCGCCAGACUGUAAAAACCCGCCUUCGCAGGAUAGCUUAGACUUAGAAGAGAGGAAACUAGGUAGAGCUCCCGGAAAACCCUCUAUGGGCGAGGACGUUUUGCAGCGUCUGUUGUCGGUGAAAAAUAUCGAAGACCUCGACGAUGAGGCGCUUGAUGCCUUCUUGGCUGAUCCCCCGAAGAGCGAAUCGCUCCUCUGUCCAGGACCUACUGCAGUAGAUCUUCUGACAGAAAAUCCUCGUAGUGGACGAGAACAGAUGAUGCUGAGAAAUGAUAAUGAAAAAGAUUCUCAUACAGAGUGUACUUCCAUUCAAGAACAAGACCCAUCCUCGAGGCGAGCACGACCAGAACAAGUAGUAGCACUGGCGCGAGCAGAUAGAAGCCCGUUCUUAUCUUCUUCAUCACGUGGAGCUGCGAAUACGUACCCAGCGGCCCCAAUGUCAGCAAAACAGAUUGAGCAACUCCCUACGGUUGAUUUGAUAGCUUGUCACGAUUCUGCUAGCAUCCAAAGCCAAAGGAUAGAUCAGUCAGGAAGUCGACUGAGCGUAUCCAUCGACUCGGAGUGCACAAGUGGAGGUGGAGUCACUCUCGAUCUUGUCUUUGGUGACGAGAAUCGACGAAACACAGCCUUAGCGAGACUCAGAGAGGAACAGCAGCAACUACGAAAAAGGAUCUAUGAAGAGACUGUUGAUUACACAAAGAGACUGCGUCCGCCCCCAACCCCAUACCCUUCAACUAGCAGGCUUUCACCCAAGAAAGCUAGAAGCAUUGCUCCUACAGGUUCUGGUUCUGCUCUACUAGAAAACAAAGAAAUAGAACCGAAUUGAAUUAUUUUGAAGCGGUCCUGCUGCUCUACAACGACUAGAAAUUUUAGAAGGCUUCAUGCUGACAUAUUGCUCCUACUUUUUGUUGUCGAGCAAAGAGCCAUGACGAUGACAUGUACCACGCCAGGGCGACGUCAUGGUCGCGUUUGCAAAAAUUCGUGCCAGUCAUCCGUUCCUUCGCAC